AUGGCGGGGCUCAUCUCUCCAAAGCCAGUUUCCUACAUGCACACCUUGCAAUACAACGCGUACCAGCGUGGGCUCGGCGGGUACAACGACACGCCGAACCCAGGUCUCGCCCAUUUGACACAGUCUACCGCUGCGUUCGUCGGGCACUCCCCCGCGACCAAUGAACAAACGAAAAUAUACGCCUUGGUGAUUGAUCUGCUCGAUGCCAAUACGAGGGAGAGCGCUUUGCUGGAACUGAGCAAGAAGAGAGAGCAGUAUGAUGACCUGGCAUUUGUGCUCUGGCAUUCGUUCGGUAUUAUGCCGGCGCUCUUGCAAGAGAUCGUCUCGGUCUAUCCUCUGCUCACUCCGCCUAACCUUACCGCCCAUGCCUCCAACCGGGUCUGCAACGCCCUUGCGCUCCUGCAAUGUGUCGCUUCCCACCCAGACACGCGCCAGCUCUUUCUCAAUGCUCAUAUCCCCCUUUUCCUAUACCCCUUCUUGAAUACUACUUCGAAGACCCGUCCAUUUGAAUACCUCCGUCUCACUUCACUCGGCGUUAUCGGUGCUUUGGUCAAACAAAACGACAACAACACUGUCAUCCACUUCUUGCUUUCGACGGAGAUCAUCCCACUCUGCCUGCGCAUCAUGGAGACCGGUUCCGAGCUUUCAAAAACUGUGGCGAUCUUCAUCGUGCAGAAAAUCCUCCUUGAUGAAACCGGAUUGACCUACAUCUGCCACACUUAUGAGCGCUUCUAUGCUGUCGGCACGGUGUUGAGCAACAUGGUCAACCAGCUCGUCGAGACGCAGGCUGUGCGGCUUCUCAAGCACGUCGUGCGUUGCUAUUUGCGACUCAGCGACAACAUGAGAGCAAGAGAGGCACUACGACAAUGCCUUCCGGAGCCCUUGCGUGACCAGACGUUUAGCGCAUUGCUGAAGGGUGACAUGGUCACGAAGAGAUGCUUGAAUACUCUACUGAACAACCUCAACGAACAAUAG